AUGGGAGAGGGGCCGGAGCCAGAGGCGUCUCUCCGGCGUUGUUUUAAAUGAUACCGUAAUGGAUGAUUUGGCGGACUAGGCAGGUGAAAAGCGGGUUUAAGAGAGAGAAAUCACUUCCUGAUUAACCCUACCGAUCAGAAGAAGAACUGCGCGGCCAAGAGGAGGCUGGAGAGAAAAACUGACACGUGGAUUACCCCUCCUCGGGCUUCAGAAAAAACAAGAGCUCCAUACGGCAGCCCAGCUUCGUGAUCACAUCAGCCCUGUUCCCAUGAGUCCACUCCUUGAAGUUAUGGAUUAAAAUUGUAGAAAACCCCGUGAUUUGAUCGCGCUUUUACUUUCUGAGAAGGUCUUUUUUUUUUUUUUUUCCUUCCUCUGUGAUCGUACAGCUUUUUACUUUUUCUGACGGAUCGACCGGAAAAAAAAAAAAAAAGCCGACGCGGUUGAGAGGAGGCUGCUGUUUCCUUGCGUUGAAUGGCAGUAAUUCAAAAAUAUGGCAAGAACUAUAGUCCAGAUUUGGUCUGUCACAAGGACAACCACCCGCCGGACAAGAUCGGAGACAAUGGGUGUCACAAGAAGUGGCCUGAACACAACACCAACUGGUCCAGGCCGGUGGCGAGGGUGUGGACGGUGGUGCUGCUGCUCGGGACAUGCCUCCUGUACUGCGCCCGUGUGGCGAUGCCCAUCUGCGCCGUCAGCAUGGCGGAGAAGUUCAGCUGGAGCAAGAGGGAGACCGGGAUGGUGCUGGGCAGCUUCUUCUGGGGCUACUGCUUCACCCAAGUGUUCGGAGGCUACGUCAGUGACAGGGUGGGAGGUGAGAAGGUGCUCCUGCUGUCUGCAGCGGCCUGGGGGUCGAUGACAGCCUUCACCCCGAUCCUGGCCCACUUCUGCUCCCAGCCAAUCCUCUCAAUGACGCUGGCUCGCUUCCUCAUGGGCCUGUUGCAGGGAGUUCAUUACCCCUCUCUGGCGAGUCUGUGCUCUCAGAAGGUGGUGGAGAGUGAGAGAGGCUUCCUAAUGAGCACUGUUGGAAGUGGCUCCUAUCUGGGCACUCUGGUGAUUGGAGGGGCUGGCUCUCUCAUGUUGGACCUGUAUGGCUGGGAGAGUGUUUUCUAUGUGUCUGGUCUGCUCUCCGUCCUGUGGGCGUACUGCAUGUGGAAAUAUCUGCUCAAAGGAGAAGGGCCUAUCAUCACCCUGGAGUCCCUGGGAAACAGUGGAACACAGUCCAAACUUACCAAGAGACAUUGGUUACGGCUCCUAAAACAACCUGCAGUCUGUGCUGUGAUUGUAACGCACCUUUGCACAGCGAGCACUUUUUUCACUCUUCUGUCGUGGCUGCCAACCUUCUUCAAAGACACUUUCCCUGAAGCCAAGGGUUGGGUGUUCAAUGUCAUUCCCUGGUUGGUCGCCAUCCCCUCGUCCCUCUUCAGCGGCUGCUUGUCUGACCACCUGAUCAGUCAGGGCUAUGAUACAGCCUCUGUGAGGAAGUUGAUGCAGUUUUUCUCCAUGGGUGUGUCCAGUAUAUUUACCCUUCUUCUGUGUGGCACCACCACCUUUCCUUGGGCUGUAGCAUUUGUGUCAGCCACCAUGGGUCUCACCACCUUCAGUCACAGCGGUGUAUCAGUUAAUGUACAAGAUCUUGCUCCUUCCUGUGCUGGAGCUCUAUUUGGUGUUAUGAAUACCUGCGGUGCUUUCUCAGGGGUCCUGAUGGUGUAUUUCUCUGGGUAUCUCAUUGAGUCGACAGGCUCAUGGGCGACUGUGUUCGCCCUCAUCACCACAGUGAACCUGCUGGGUCUCUGCACAUUCCUGGCCUUCGCUGAGGCCCGACGGGUCGACAUUGACUCCGGUAAGGUUCGCCACCACAACAUUCACAUCUAAAGCAUCUUGUCAUCAGAGGGACUACGAUGCUGUUCCCAAGAGAUUUCGGGCAACCAGCGGCUCAGAAGACAUUGGAGAAGUACACAAUGGAUAAGGUGGCACACGGUGAAAUCCUGGGUGUAACAUCUGGAAAACUCUUACUGGCUCUUUGUCUGGAUGAGAACUUCCUGCAAUAGUCACUUCAAAGCACACAACAGAGCUUGCACAAUGUUACUGAAAAAUCCUCUGAAGCUAGGGCGCUGAAUCCUAGAACAACACAGCUGUGUUUGAGAAUGUUCACGAAAGUUCAGGGUGAAUCAGAAAAAGGUUACAGGAAGAAAAAAAAAAAAGCACUAACACUACCUCCAGGUCCCAGCUUGUGCAGCACGUGGAGGGUAAACAGUCCCUUGUUUACCUUUGUCUUUUGCUCCAGAAUGUGUUACUGACAGUCAGAAAAGUCAUGGAAAUCUAGUGUGUUGUCUGUGUGUGUGUUGAUGGAGCUUUGCGAGUGAUGGAUGUGUUAGUCCGAGAGCUGUGACAGACCAAGGUGGUGUGUUCUCACCCUGAAGAGAUGGUGGUGGUGGGGGGGGGGGGGGGGGCAGCGUGGCCACACGUGGGUGAUGCAAGGAGAGUCCAGCCUUUGUUAUGUGAAGUCUUUUAUUAGUACGCCCCACUCAGCCAUCACUGAGAGCAGUGUCUGAAUGACAGCUCAUUACCCAGCUGCUAAUUACUCCGCGGGCGCUCUAAUGUCCUGUACCAUUUACCUUCUACAGUCCCCAUCGCCAUGGUUACAAGCUGUUAAUAUUGUUUUAGUUCAAAGGAGGCGAGAACGAUCUACAAGACUUUUACUGAGUGCGCUUGUACCCGCUUGUCAUCAUGAAUAAUGUGUUUCGAACAGGAAGACCAAAGGUUGUAAAAUAUUUCUAUUUUCUUUCAGUGUGAUUGCAUGUAAUAUAAAAUACCUCACUCAAUUGUCUUGAGUACUUAUAUAUUUAUUUGGCUUAUUUUUUUGUCAAUUCCAUUUUUUAUUUGAAGAAAGAAAUGUAUUCAAUGAGGCUACAGAAGAAAUAAAUAUAUUAGAAAAGAUGGCAGAAAAUCAAAGUUAUUUAUUAAAAUUAUGAUGCAGUAUAAAUAAUCCUUUCUCUUUAACUUAUUCUUCCUUUCUGUUCUGCCGUCCGAGAAGCCUGGUUUAGUGAGAGAUAAAUUGGUUCAUAUUAUUUUUCUUCCAACUUGUUCUGCUCAAAGAUCCACUUGUUAUGGCACUUGAUGUCCUUGUUACCGUGGCGCUAGACUGGAAGUGUUGUAAGUGUCUGUAAAGGAGAUAGUGAGCACAGGAAUCCUUUUUCUUUGUGCUUCCAGAUUUAGUGUCUGUCUUAUGACAAUUUUACAUCUCGGACUCUUCCUGACUUUGUGAAAGUUGUGUAAAUGAUAUCAAGGGUUCAGGACCAGAGAUUAACUGGAGAACAUAUUUAGUGUUGAUGUAACAGCAAAGUAAGUAGCAACAUAAAGCUAGCUGCAUAGCUUCAGCUGAGUGUUCAGGUGACUUUUUUUUUUUUUUUUUAGAAUUGAGCUUUGGUCGACUCUUCACAGCACAAUUUAACAAUUAGGUGAUUUCAUUUUCAAUCUAGACGGUCACUUGACAAGUGAACCUUGAAUCUAUGCAUUCAUUAUUUUGUGCCUAUUUUAAGCUAUGGGAGACGAGUACAAUAUGCACGCCGUGGUCACGCAGUGUCUUUCAUUGGUUAUUGUCCAUCAACAUUUUGCCUUCCUUGUACGAGUUUUGUUUCCUUCAGUUUGACUUCACGUGCAAAGACACAUUGGCUCUUGAUCUAUGAGUUGUUUAAAAAUGACUUGGAAAAAUAUCCUUUGGUUGCAUAUUUUUCCAGGACACAUUUGAUUUCUGAAAUAUCAUUUAUUGUGAUGUUAUUUUCAUCGUCAUCAUGGUUAGUUGUGACAAAAUAUUAUUAAUUGUAUUUAUUUAAAUCUUUGCUCUCCGUCAUCUUUUUUUUUACAUCAAACACAUUGUGUAAGAAAUCACAAAUCUACUGACCAUAUAGAAUCAUUCAUUAUGAUAUUAAAAAUUAAGUGCAUACCAAAGGUAAAUGUGAUUCUGUAUUUAUUUUUGUUUGGUAGUGAUAAAACAGAUUAUGGGCUGCAGCCUUCGACAAGUUAUUCAGCUUUUUUUGUCAAACCAAUGCCCCACAUUCUUCUGCCGUUUUACCCACUUCAGCAAAUAUAUGUCAUUUCACCUGCCUUCAUCUCCAGCCUGUCCCUUUUUUUUGGUUAAUGUGUUAACAUUCUGUAAAACUUACGACUUCAUGUAAGAUAAAGCCGCAGUUCUUUUCGCCAGCUUCCCCUGAAAGCUUUCUGACGGAUAGUUUUUGAUAACAUCCAGGAUAUGUUUGACAAAAAAAAGGUAUAAUAAUGCAGUAUUCUUAUGCUUUUAAGAUAUGUUGUAUUUAAAAGCCUGUAUUACUUUUGAAUAAAAAUAUAUUUUGUCAACA